AUGGCGAAAGCUUCCCAUACAUUGCAAAAAGGUGCUGUCGUCCAGCACACCGCCAAAGCCCAUAACCUGAAAGGUCAACUGCCUGAAGGGAGUAUGGAAUCUUUGGCAACAACCAUUCGUUUCGUCACGCUGAACUGCCGAACACUAUCGAGUGAACUCCAACAAGCCGCUCUAUCCAGACUUCUGCGAUAUCUUUGUGUGCCUUUUGCUGCACUGCAGGAAACACGUAUGAGGGAUCGGCCCGUCAUCAGCAUCGAAAAUUACACCAUAUACUGCGGCGAUGCUGAUGAGAACAAAGUAGAUGGCUGCGCGAUAGCUGUGAGGAACGAUUACAAGAACCUGGUGGAGGAAUUUGGCUCAACGUCGUCUAGAUGCGCCUUUCUACGACUGCGGGAUCGCAGAGGACGUAAACUCUCGAUCGUAAGUGCUCACGCACCUACGGAAACUGCUGAGGACAACAGUAAGGACGCCUUCUAUGAUGAACUCAAUGCGUUGAUGUCUAAAAUACCAAACCAGCAGGUGGUCAUCGUCGGAAUCGACGCAAAUGCGAAGAUGGGACUCGAACAGACGCGCCUCAUCAUCGCUUCCACGUUUAAGAGGUAUCAUCGAUGCCAUCUGCUCACGUGGCAGGGGUCAACCCUUUUAACGCUUGAAGCGCAGCGCAAGUGGAAGAUGAGGACUCUUAAACUUCAGCUCGACUACGUUCUGGCGAGGAACAUUCCUCAGUCAAAUAUCCGAAAAUCUAGAGCUGUUUGGGACGUCGCGUUCGACUCUGACCACCGUCCAGUUCUUCUCAGUUUCAAGUUACGGUUCCGCAAGAGAAACCGAGAAGUUCCUCUUCAACCAAAAACCGACAUGGCAGGUCUGAAAGAUGAUGAAUGCAGAAGAAAAUUCCGCCAACGUGUGUCUAUUCAUGUUGGAGUACGAACCAGGAAGAAGCUUAGCGAUGCGGAUUCCUUCACAAAGUGCAUCCAGGACGCUGCAUGGGAAACGCUCCCGGUUCUGUUGCCGCGGAUGAAGUUUGCCUUUGCAUCUGCGGAAGCAAAAUCCACAUACAAUGCUGUAUGUGUCGCGCGCAGCGCUGGUGACUUCAACCAGGAAAAGCGUCUUAGAAGGAAGCUGCGUCGUCAGUUGCAACAAGACCGCGAUAACGAGUGGGCGUCAAGAGCGAUGGAGUUUGAGAAGGCGUGGGAGGACAGGAACCCGCGGAAAGCCUACGCUCUACUAAAACAGUAUAGCGGCAAAAUGAAAAGAUGUUCCCAUGUCCUCAACACUGUUAAUGGGGUGGCUGUCGGUGAAGCAACCCUUCCAAUUUGGAAGGAACACUUCAUGACCUUGCUGAACCGGCUAGCACCGUCAGCCCCUGAACUCGAACACGUUCAUAGACCGACAUACGCGGUUGACGAGGAGCCACCGACCGUGUCGGAGGUCCUGGUCUGUAUUCAGAAAAUGAAGAAUGGAAAAUCUGGCGGAGACGACGGGAUUAGCGCAGAAAUGCUAAAGCAUCUUCCUCCGUCUGGGAUUCGUGAGAUGACAAAGAUCAUCCGUUCAAUAUAG